UCGCAUGUAGAAUCUAGGUGCCAUAAUAUCCUCUGCUUUCCCCCGGGUGCUGUCUCAACCCAUAGAGGCAAGGAGUUCUAUAUCAACUACUCAGCCAGGAACCGAAAUCUGGUUCAGAUGGCAAAGUCCCAAACUUUCCACGGAAACCACACAGCCCCGGGCUCCAUCUGGAGGAACCGAAAACAAAAUAAAUAUAUCUCCACUUGCCAUCGAUCGGAUGGGGCCUCCGUAUAUUUAAAUGCAUGCUUGAUUUUCCCUUGCUCCAACUGUUCUUUCUGCUUGACAUUCUCUUGACUAUACUCCCACCCUUUUAUUCUUUUCGGGCUUUAUCGACUUAGUCGUUCGAGCAUAGCAGACUUGAUAAUCUAUCUUUUCAGGCGCUAUAUAACAUCCGCAACGAGCAUUCAAGAUGCAUAUUCAGGAUACAACUCAUGUUACACCUCCAACAUUCGAUCAACGCGAUGUCAAACUUGAUCCGACAGCUCAUACAACAAUCACGAUUACGACCAACCCCUUCCCCUCGGACAAUGGGAUAACAACCCCGCAGCAAACCAAACCCCGCCCGCUUUACUUCGCCUACGGCUCCAACCUCUCCUUCACACAGAUGCGUCUCCGUUGCACAUGCGACCCUGAUCUCUCAUCCAAGCCGGUCGCCAUCGCCCGCCUGGAUCAUUGGCGCUGGUUGAUCUGCCAGGCUGGCUAUGCGAAUGUGGUACCGCCCGCUGAGUUACGUGUUGGCCGGGAAGCAGAUGAGGGUGAAGAUGUACCUGUUUCUGGAGACGAGGAUACGGUUUAUGGUGUCUUGUAUGAGAUGGACAUCGAGGAUGAGAGGUUACUUGAUGGCUACGAGGGUAUUGACCGUUCGGCGUUGCCGUCGCGAAGUACACAUAAGGUUCCUGCGCAUAUUCGACCGACGGAGCAAGGUCAUGGGGACUAUAACAAGUGGUAUGUUCCGGCUACGGUGACGGUGUGGUUGGAUGAGGAACAGAGGAAACGGAGGGAGGGCGGAGUUAUCGAGACCUUAGUCUAUGUGGAUGAGGAGAGGGUGCGGGUAGGUCCCCCGAGAGAUGAGUAUAUUCCGCGCAUGAACCGUGCGAUCCGCGAGGCCGAGUCUUUGGGCUUUCCAAAAAAGUGGGCGGAUGAUGUGAUGAGAAAGUCUAUCCCUUUGAAUUAGACUGUCAUUGGUCUUUUCUGGUGUCGCUUUCCUUUCCUAGAUAACACUUCGCAUGAUGUUUGCAAAUAGACAAGACUCGAUGACUAGAUGAUUACAACGGUACACCUUAUUUCUAACCACAUGCGAUGUGAUGACAAGUUGCCAUAGUAUCGCUAUCCAUAUGCUCCAGCAAUAAACCGUGUUAUAAAAGUGUAUACGCAUUCCCCCCUGCAUGCCCUAGGAAAAAGUGCAUGAUGUAGGUCAUUGUCCCGACAUCGUCUAUCCCGGUGUUCCAUCUGA